AUGUCUUCACAAAGUUCCAAUGCGGCCGAUGAUGCUGAUCGAUGUUCUUCGGUUCCGUGGUUGCCCUCGAUGCAUGACUUUCUUAUUAUGAUUAUUGUUUCAGUCUUGGCUUUCAUGAUAGCUCUAGAUGCAGCCGUGAUUGUGAUAUCUCUAACUGUCAUCAUCGCUGAUCUCGACGGCAAUGUCACCCAAGGUCUAUGGGUCAGAACGUCGUAUCUGCUUACCUCUGCUAGUACAAUGCAAUUUGUGGCUGCAUUAAGUGAUAUAUUUGGCAGAGCAGGGUCUUUGAUCACGUCUCUUGAGCUCUUUACCAUUGGAACCAUUCUCUGCUGCGUAUCAACUAGCAUUGCGAUCCUUCUGGUGGGAAGAUGUAUACAGGGUCUCGGUGAUGGAGGCAUUUUGAUACUAGGAAUCAUAGUUUACACGGACAUCGAUUUCCGCUCAGAUACCGACCAAGGUAUAUUAGCAUCUUUCAAGGGGCAUGGACCCUGGGAACAGCUAUGGGCCCGUCAUCGGCGGUGUAAUUGCACAACGGACCACAUUUCGCUGGGCCUUCUACUUGAUGUUUCCAUUCUGCUUCAUCGGCUUCGCUACGGUUCCAUUCGUGCUGAAGCUAAAGCCGACAGCCAGAACAUUUAA